CGGGUGAAUCCCGGCUCUGGCGCGCCACUAGCGCGAAGCGGCCCAUCUAUCGCGUCGCGCCCCUUUGCAGUACUAGGUAGUAUUGGCAAGGGCUUACGUGCUCGGAGAACGGUAUCUGCCAAUAAGACUGCACGGCGCGCAGAAGUGCGCCGUCAUUGCAUGAAGCUGGCUGUGUAGGCAAGAUGGCGCCGAAAGACUUCCAUCACCCUUUUCAGCCGUACGAUAUCCAGCAACAAUUCAUGGAGGCUAUGUAUGACUGCAUCGAAGACGGCAAAGUGGGCAUUUUCGAGUCGCCCACCGGUACCGGGAAGUCGCUCAGCUUGAUCUGUGCCUCUCUGACAUGGCUACGUGAGUAUAAGCGCAAGGCUUUCGAUGAAGCGCUUGCCACGAUCGCUAUUGAUGACGACGACCCGGAGUGGAUGGUUGAGCAUGCCAGAAACAGCCGACGGCGGGAAAUGCGGCAGAUGAGAAUCGACUUCGAGGAGCGCUUGGACUCUAUCAGAGAAAAGGAGCGCAAAGUCCGGCAGGAACACUCCGACGUUGGCCCUGCGAGGAAGAAACGCAAGGUUUCAGUCGCAGGCGGUGAUCCUCAUUCAGACGACGAGUACUUUGCUCUUGAUGAUUACAGUGAGGACCAAAACGAAGUACGACCGGCGGCUGCUGCAACUACCCAGUACUCUGCGGCCACGUCUGCGUUGAUGGGGAAACUUGGAAUGCUUUCACAGACAGAUAAGGGCCGUGACGACGCUGACGGGCUGGAUGAGCCUAAGAUCUACUUCUGCUCGCGCACUCACUCGCAGUUGUCGCAAUUUGUCCGGGAGUUGCGCCGCGUGCAGCUGCCGCCCAGCAUGCCUCCAGGGGCUGAGGCGAAGCUUGAUGAACAUGUCCAUGAAGCGGUCAAACAGGUACCGCUGGGUUCACGCAAGAAUCUUUGCAUCAAUCCUAAGGUUAUCAAGCUUGGCGAUCAGACUGCGAUCAACGAGCGGUGUGUGGAGCUACAACAGACAAAAACACCCGCAGAACACAGAUGUCCAUACCUACCCUCCAAAGACAACGAGGAUCUCGUGCUUGACUUCCGCGAUCAUGCGCUAGCCCGGAUCCGAGAUAUUGAGGACUUGGCUGAGGUAGGAGCUCGGUUGGGUAUCUGUCCGUACUACGCUUCACGCACCGCAAUAGGCGCCGCUGAGCUGGUGACACUACCCUAUCCGCUCUUGCUCCAGAAGUCUGCUCGGGACGCUCUAGGAAUCUCACUACGAGGUCAGGUCGUGGUCAUUGAUGAGGCGCACAAUCUUGCGAGUGCUGUUGAGGGUAUCUACUCUGCGAAAAUAUCUGACAUGCUUGUCGAACGGUCGAAGUCGUCAAUGUUGAUCUAUCUGCAGAGGUUCCGUAACCGCUUGAAAGGCGCGAACAGAGUCUACGUUACCCAAGUCGUCAGAGUGCUUGACUCACUACUAUCUUUCUUCGCUAGCCUUCUGAACGCUCCACGUACAUCAGGCACGGUGGAGGCAAGCCGACUGCUGGCAGGUAAAGGUGUCGAUCAAGUCAACAUCUCGAAGCUGAUUCACUUCCUCACUGUCAGUAAGCUGGCGCGGAAGGUAGAAGGCUACGCAUCGCAUCUCACCAUAAAGCAGGAUAGUGCCGACAACAAGUCCCCUGUGGAGAACACCGCGGAUACGCCUGCCCUUACACAUGUUCAAGCCUUUCUCGCUACACUUGUCAACCCAUCAUCUGACGGUCGGUUCUCCUGGUCCAUCGAAACCGGCAGGCGCGAGCUGCAGUAUAUGCUCUUAGAUCCUGCCGAACACUUUCGAGGCAUCGUCGACGAGACACGAGCGGUCAUUCUCGCCGGAGGUACCAUGUCACCAAUGGAUGACUACCAAGAACGACUGUUUCCAUACUUACCUUCCCUCACGACAUUCUCUUGCGGCCACCUAAUUCCACCAAGCAAUCUUCUUGUUCGUACCAUUGCCACCGAUGCGAAGGGUACGAUUGAGCUAAGCUACAAAUCACGGAACGAUGCGACUGCCGUACGUAUCGGCGACGCAUUGCUGAAAGUGGCUACGUACGUCCAGGGCGGACUCGUGGUCUUCUUACCCAGCUACGGCUUCCUACAACAACUCUAUGAUUGCUGGCACGCGCACUCGAUGAUUGCCAGGUUGGAGCAGAUAAAAGCAGUAUUCUGGGACAGCCGAACAAUGUCUGCAGAGGCUGUUUUCAAGGCGUACACUGAAGCCAUAUAUACUAGCGCAAAGGGCGCAAUCCUGCUAUCUGUCCUAGGCGGAAAGCUGUCGGAGGGCAUCAACUUCUCCGACGACCUUGGAAGAUGCGUCGUAGUUGUCGGCCUACCGUUUCCGAACCUUGAAACGCCGGAGUGGAAGGCCAGGAUGCAGUAUCUCGAUGAGAAAGCCGUCGGAAGAGGUGAGCUGAAGGGCAAAGCAAGCAGAGAGCAUGCUGAGAAUGUGUGCAUGAGGGCAGUCAAUCAGGCAGUAGGCCGCGUCAUUCGACACAAGGAUGAUUGGGCAAGUAUCGUGCUUAUGGACAGUCGCUACCUACAGUCUCGCAUCCGGCAGAAGUUGCCGGGAUGGAUCAAAGAUUGCUUUCCGGCGGACAGCGCCUCUAAGGUUGAUGGUGUGGUGGGUGACGUUGCAGCGUUCUUCGGACACAGAACGGAAGCGUAACACUGUAGAGCACACAAUGAUGUUCACGGGAAAUACAAGGUAUGGACUAUAUUGCAGGUUCAGUCAUAUCCGGCCGGUGCUAUCUCCGUACUUUGCAGCCUUAGCGGCAGACGUCCCCGCACAAUCACCGGCCCUUGCAGACGGUGACGAUACCUCACCUAAGAUGAUCGUCAAGCUUUUUGAGCCUUUCCCGUCGGCUUUGGACCCGAAGCAGC